AUUCACAACAUGACCCACUUCUGUUUUUUCUCCUCUGUACUAAAAGUGUAAUAAUGAUGUUGAAGUGUUUAGUCCUUCUUGUUUUCUUCAUCAACAGUAACGAGGGACACACUGAAUUCAUUUAUACCACAAACAAUGAAGUUAAAUUGCAGUGCAGCACCAACAAAUGGCAAAUCAGCACAGAGUCUGACAACAGCAUUGAUGUGAACUGCACAGUGGAGUGUGUUAAUGGUGAAACACUCAAACUUAAUAAUAUCCAGAAUUUAUGCACAAAUAAACAAUCAUACAAAGUUGGUGAAAACUGUCUGCUAAUAGCAAGGAGUGGAUUUUUUCGAUGUGUUACUGCUCUGGAUUCUGGUUUCUUGUUUCCAUUCAAACCCAACACUGUCACGUCUUACAUAGUCGCCACUGCAAAUGAAGGAAUGACAACCAAGUCUGAGGAAAGAUCUUCAGUCGAACUAACUGAAGGUGAAGAUGUACUUUUAAACUGCAGUUUCAACUUUACAGAAAAAUACGACAACCAGAAUUUUAUACUGUACUGGAUCAAGACUAUUGGAAAGAGCAGUAGCUGUGUGUAUUCUUAUGAUUAUGUCUUAUUGGAGGGAAUAAAGUACGAUCAUCACUGCACUGUGCAAGAAGAACUGCGUUACAGAAUCUCAAACCAAACUGAAGGCAAAAACACCCAUAACAUCAGGAUCAGUAACGUAACAGAGUCAGAUGCUGGACAAUAUCUUUGUGCUUUACAAAUACAAGGAAAGUGGAAGAUCAUAAAGAAUAUUACAGUCAGUGAUUCUAAAACUAAAGCUGAAAAACAUAAAAACAGCACUGCACAAAGAAACAGGCUAGACAGUGAGCAAGAAGAACCAGGUGUGGAGACCACAUAA